CGUGGGCAAAGUAGAUUAUUUAAAAGAGACACAAUGAAUGGUGAAACAACUUUGGAGAAGAUUCAGAAUCAGUUGCUUCAUAAUGAAGAUGCUUCUCUUUGUGUCUUUAUGCAUUAGUGCAUUGAUUGUAAGCAGCACAGCUUUUGCAGGAUCAUCUAAACCCUGUUGCAUGAAAUUCUCCAGUGGAAUUCUUUCUAAAAAACUAAUAGCCCGAUAUUACAAUGAAAGCAAUCCUCUGUGUCCUCUUCAUGCUGUUGUGUUUGUUACAUUAAAAAACCGGACUUUUUGUUUUGACCCAAAGCAGGGCUGGGUUCAGAAUAUCAUCAAACACCUGAAUGAAAAAGAAAAGCUGCACAUAACAACCCAGAAUUCUGCAUCUAUGUCAACAGAGAAAGAAACGCUGCACAUGACAACCCAGAAUUCUGCAUCUAUGUCAACAGAGAAGAAACAAUCAUAUUCAUUUUCCUCAAGUCAACGUUCUAGCAUUAUGUAAAA